GUGGUUUCUCAAAUUGAUUCCUGUGGAACAACAACAUCCUAGAUGCUGUGUUCCUCAGAAAAAUUUCAAGAUUUGAAAAAAAAAUUAAAAAUAGGUAUGGUGAUGCAAAGCAAUCCAUUGAUGAACUGGAGUAGGAUAGCUUCUCUUCCUUAAAAUGCAUAUCAUUAUUGUUGCGAGAAGUCCAUCACAGUCAAAUAAUAGUGCCGAAAUGCUACCUUAACAAUUACAUUUUGAACUGAUCUCAAUCGAUGUCAACCACAUCACCUCGCCCAGCCCUCCCGGCGCACCGCUCAUUGUCAAUUCGCGCUGAAAACCGGACCUUUUGGGGAUGUUUCCAGGGCGCAUUGGAAAAAACAUAAAAACACGCGCUCCUAUUGGAUUCAUCCUAAGAGUUCAUACGAAUUUUUUCAGCCCGAUCGGGAACGGCAGCUUGGGAAGUUAAAGGUACCUAUAUCUUCUUUUUAUAUUAUUGGUCAAAUAGGUAAUGAAGGUAGGCUGGUCAAAAAGAUUUCAUUACCUGUAGAAAUAAAGAGGUUUCUGUGUAUUAGCAAGUGAGGACAAUGACAGAUUACUUCCUUUUUUUAUCUGAAGGUAAUCGAUAAUGGCGUUACUGAAAUUCUCGCUGUUUCAAAACGAAAGCAGCAGACAGAAUAAGCCGAAAACAGAAAGCAGGGAGUUGAUAUUGGUUGGACCACCAAUCAACGAUAGACCACGCCGGAAACGGAAAUCGACACUCUCGCCGAAAACGGAAAUCAAAACUCCCGCCGGAAACGGAAGUCGCUCCGAAGUUGGCUUCUGGAAAAACCGUCACUUCUCACAGCCAAUCAGAUCCCAGAAUUUAUUUGAGAGGAAGUACACACUCGGUCAAGCGCAUGCGCAUUGCGCAUUCGUCCUCCUUCAAGUUCUUCAACCGCAGCGAAAUUUGUCAAGGAAAUCCAGAGACUCCAGUUUUAUCCUUGGUUUUAUCUAAGUACCUAUUCCGUGCAACAUUUCUUCGAGGUCUAGCAGGUCGCACCAAGCUAAACCCUAACAUGGAUUUGACUUUGAAAGAAUCCCUCUCGAAGUACCAGGCCACCAGAAGUGAAAAUAAGACGCAGUUACGCCUCCUAACCGCAGAGCUCAAUCGCCUUCAGCAUCUCCAAUUUAGUCAGGAAGCGGAAAUCAAUGAACUUCAUCAAAAACUGGCAGCUGCUCAGGAUGCAAGGGCCAAAAAUAUGUCGACGGCCAAGACUAUGAAUUCCAAGUUGAAAGCUCUAAGUUUGACAAGGGAUGUUUUGGCAGAUCAUCAUGAGCAGCAGAAAAACAGUUUAGAUGAUCUGAAGGAGAAGAAAAAGAAACGUGACACAAUCAUGAAUGAAAAUCACAGAAAACAGGCCUAUCUUGAGGAACAAUUCUUAAAGAGCAAAGCUCCAAGAAAAAGUCUCGAAAGUUUGGAAGAGGCAUUGAAUGCAGCGCAGAAGGCUUUCCAGGAAAUGGAAGAAGCUAAAAACCUAGCAGAGGACAUGAAAAGAAAGAAUUUAGAAAGGGAAAAGGAACUAGAAAGAGAAUGUAAUGACUGCAGAGAAUAUCACUUGCGAAUUCUGAAAGAGACUCAACAAAAAAGUGAGAAGGCCCAGGCGCAGCUAGCUGCAGAGAGAAAAGAGGUGGAUGCACUAAGUGAGGAACUUGAGAAAGCGCAAGCAAAGACUGCACAGUUAAAAAUUUGUGCCCAAGAAAAACAAAAUGAGUUGGACACUGUAAAGAAGUCCAACAACGAAUGGUUAACUGGACGUAAGGCUAAUUUGAAACAGUUGAAGAAAAAACUAGAGGUGGCUGACGUCUCGAUCAAAGAAAAUGAGGAAUCGUCGGAGAAACUACAAAAAGAGCUGGCUGCUUUAACGGCAAAAGCAGGAGCAGCUCAGCAAGAAGAAACCUGUCUCGGGAAGAAACUUGCAGAAGAGAAUACCAUCGUCGCUAAUUUGCAACAACUGAAUACAGAUGCUGAGUCACACAGAACUGAUUUAACCAAGAAAAUCACAACUUUAGAAUGUGAAUCCAAAAAUCUCAAAAUCAAGAUGAAUUCUCUCCAGAAUGAAGUAGGGAAUGUAGAAAAAGAGACAAUUUCUGUUAAAGAGAAAAUUGUGCUAGAAGAUUGUAGCUUUGAAGAGAUGUUGGCCAAUCUGGUUGCUUCCAUAAUGGAAGAAACUAAAAAAGUUGCCAAAUUAGAAUCUGACUGUAAUGAAAUGAAUGAAAAUCAAAUUAAGCUCAAGCAAGAAACAGAAAUGAACGUUGCUCUCAAAUCUGAAAAUGCUUCAUUAAUGCAGAAAUACAUAUCGUCAAUGGCUAAAGAAAAAAUCUCAAAAGAAAAUCUCAUUGCCGCAAGAAAAAAAUUAGAAGCCCUGAAGAAGACAGGCAUUGCUGUUGAUAGAGAAAGACUCAUCAAAUUUGCGGAUAUCACCAACCUUGCUGUUACAAAAGAUAGCCUUGCAGAAUCUCUCGAAAAUGACCUCGAAAAAAUGAAUGAAGAAAAUGAGAAAUUAAAACAGGAGUUAGUGGAUCUCGUGUAUGAAGAACUAGAAGAAGCUGUAUGCUUCGAGAGUGCCAUCAAUAAAUUAAAAUCUGAAUCGGAUAAAAAAAUUAAAGCGUACAAUAAAUUAAUUGUCAAACAAGCAUUAAAAUUAGAAGAGGACAAAAAGGAUUGGGAACGUAUCUUCAACGAGUUCAAUUCUGCAUACCGCAAAAAAUGCAAAGAGAUCAGAAGAACUAGAGUUACAACAGCAAAUUUAAUGGAAAACAUUGACAAAGUAAAACUGGUGGAAGCUAAUCUAACCGACAUUCUGUUCCAAUCUCUAGAAAAAGAUCGUGUAUCAGCCCAAAAUAGAUCAACUACCAAGGAGUUACCACCGAGAAUAUUGUCUUGCUCACAGGAGUUACCACCGAGAAGAUUGUCUUUCUCGCAGAAUCUGGAAAAAUUCUCUCCUUUGGAAUUAUCACAAGACUCGAGAGUUCAACCCAUCAAAUCUAUCUUGAAGAAAAGGGUAGAUGAAAACAAGGAAGAGCCACCUAAGAAACCCAAAUCCAAAGAAGAUGCAGAUCCUAAGAAAAAGGACCAAUACUUUCCAAACUUCGAUGAAUGAUCUAUCGAUAUCAGAAUAUAUAUAAAAUCAGAAACCAAAAGUCUAGAAUUGAUGGAGUGAAAUAAUUUAGUAAGUUUAUUUCACUCCAUCAAUUCUAGACUUUUGGUUCAAGAAUUAUGAGGCUUUAUGAGGCAUAAACCGAAUGCCUGCGUACAUAGUAUUUUUUAUGAGAAAAAUAAUUAUUAUCGAUCUCCACUUCUUUGAUCACAAAUUUUUUAUGUUAAAUUAUUUGGCUCUAAUUUAGUAAUAACGGCCUCUUUACAAUCUUUCUUAUCACCUUAACUUCAAACUUGUGAAGAAUAUUAGAAUUAUUUUUUUUUCUACAUUAUUUAUUAAGGUUUAUUUAGGUUAAGAGGUUUAUUAUUUUAUUUUAGUUCAACUCAGUUGCAGAAGUUACUUUUCACUUUGAAUUAUUGUAAAAACACUCUGAAUUGGACGUAUUUCUACGAAACAGACCUAUGUGGCGAUGAGAAAUGUGGGGUGUGCUCUAGAAAUCUGGAUAAGAAGCAAUGUGGUCAGUGGGCGUGGUUCCCUUUGAAGAAUUGGCAAAGCGGGAUAUUGCAUUCUAUCAAACAGACCUAUGUGCAGCUGAGUGCGGAACUCAUGAGCCGCGGGCAGGGCAAUAGAGCCUUGUGGACAGGGCUCUUGAGUUAAAGAGCCCCGACGAUGUCGACGUUGCGCCGGGCGGCUUUUUCAUUGCCGCUGACGUCACUGGCGCUUUAUUAUUCUCAUUCACUCUUACGGCCAGAGACUAACGAGCACACCCCAUAUUUCCCACUUCCACAUAGGUCUGUUUGGUAGAACUACGUCCAAUUGUAAAUAAGAUGGAAAAUACAAUCCCAAAAAUAAGAUUUGGUAGCCCCUGAUAGCAUUCACCGUCAGAUUUAGACUUGAAAAAACGUAAACAUUUUUUACAAUGUACGAGUUUUGGAACCUUUUUUAGUUCAUCUCUACGUGAAAUUUAUGUAAAAUGUUUGUUAAAAGAAAAUGCAUUUUAGUUGAAAAAAAUAAAUAAUAGAAAUCAAAAUUUUACUGAAUCCUGUUAAUCACUCAUAUUGAUGCUAAACAUAAACCGUAAAAUAUGCAACAUUAAAAACUAAAAUUUUUGCUACAAUUUACUAAAAUGAAGUAGUAGAAAGUUUGCAAAAGUGGAUGGUGGCAUUUUAGUGCAAAAAAGGAGAUUUCUAAUUUGAAUGUUUCAACAGUUAUCUGAGAGUUCUCCUCUAUGCAGUUCUUUGGCUUUAUUUAAAUGGCCAAUGUUACCAGGAAGACGUAGAUAAUUAGUCAUGAUAGGUUCUCCGAGCGUCCCUUAAAAUUUCUUGACAAUGGUUGGAUCUUACGGACUGACAGAAAUGAAGGAAGUUUAUUCAUUAUCUAUUCUUCAAUUUGACUUGGCAUAUUCAGCAGUUUUCGCGGCGAAAUUCUUGAAACCUCUUCAAAAGAACGGUAUCAUUAUCUUAAUUUCAAGAUUUCCUGCACCAUGCUCCCGUUCUCUGUUUCCGCAUGGAAGCAAUGGUUUGCAUUGGAGACUCAAGAAUAGCAGGUCAUUUGUUGUUACUUGUUUGUAUCCUGCACCUGCCGGUUUAGUGCCGUAACAUACCCCAGUUUGUGUCUCAACCCCAAAUAGGCAGAUGUGGGACGCAUAAAGUUAGGUAAUGCCAAUUGAUCCACUUGUCUUAGAUGCAAACUCGUUUUUUUUUCAUGUGUCACAUAUCUGAAAAGUAGGAGGCAAAAGAAACUACCCUUGACUCAACAUGUACGUAUAAUUAUGUAUUUUAAAUAUUACACAUAAGUUUGACAAAUUUUGUUGCUGAAGCAAUUAAGUUGCACAAUGUUAAAAGCUCACAACAGAAAUUUAAUCUUUGGAGGAAAUUAGUGACUUAAAGCAACAUUUUUUCAUUUAAAAUUAACCCCACACACGAACAUUCUGAUCCCAUGAACAAGUUGCAACAGCCAUUCCAUUACUUGAUACAGAUAGAGAUGUAAUGCGAUUUUCAUGACCUGAGAGACAGCCUGAAAAAAUUAAACAUUAACUAAUGAAGCAAAACAAACACGGGGACCAACAGAACAUUACCGUGAUCAACAGCUCUGAAGAACAUAUUUCUGCAGGGUUUGAUAUCGUUGUUUCAACAAUGCCAAAUUCAUGUACCUACUAAAAAUUGUUCACUAGAAAAUCAUGCCAUUCAAGUCAACUCCAAGGUCAAAUUGCUUGACUCCUAGUUAUUGCAAGUCAUCAUCAAUUUUACAAUUUUUCAAUUAGAUCCUGCGAUUUUGCAUCCAACUUUAGAACAGAUGUCACUUUUUUGCUUAAUGAACAAUAUGCUCAAGAGAUAGUCGUAUCCCCAGUAGUGCAUAAUGUAACAUUUACAAAACAAAAUACUGUAAAGAAAACUUGUAAAAAAAAAGUUGUAAAAUAGAACGAAAACCAAAUGCCUAUGUAUAUAAUAUUUUUUAUGAGAAAAAUACGUAAAAAGUACGAAUUAUUAUCCAUUUUUACUUACGUCUUUGAUCACAAACUUUUUAUGUUGAAUUAUUUAGCUCUAAUUUAGUAAUAACGACCUCUUAACAACCUUUUUUAUGUACAAUCUUCAAAUUCAUGAAAAAUAUUAGAGUUAUUUUUUUCCUGUGUUAUUUUACAAGGUAAACUACUAGGGAUGAUUCAGCAGCACCGCCAAGAUUCUAGUGCAAAAUUGCUGUUCCUCUUAGUCUUUUUCCUCCUUUACUUUUUUUGUAAAUGGUUAAUGUUGCAAAAGUUCAAUAUUUUAAUGAAUAAAAAUGGUGCUUGUGUUACUUUGCCCUGAA